GGAAGCUGCAACUUCUCGCGGCUUUUGUAUUUAAUGAUUUAAUUGAGCACAAAUACAGGAGGUAAAAAUGGAUCGAUUUUACCCCAUGAGAAAAUUAAUGCAUAUGUUACAUUUACCUUAUCAUUACAUGACAGCCAGAUCAAGGAUACAAGAUGCGCUAUGCCCACACUACUUUAUUCUUUCAAUGUUGAAUAACAAUGAAUAAUUAAACCGACAAUGCACAUAAUUUAAUCAUAAUGAUUGCCACCAUAAAACAUUACUUUAUUCCCCUUCACUCUGUCUUGUCCGUGUAUAAAUCUCCACCUCCACCACCACCAUAAGCCUCUCCCUCUUUCUCUCUCUCUCUCUCUUUUGAAUACCUAGUUUUUCCCCCUCCAUCAAAUUAAUUAAAUUAAGUAAUCGAAAUCCCAGAUCGAGAAAUUUCAUGUGGAAGCGUUGGAUCAUAGAAUCCGAAUCAUGUCAGCUCUAGUGAGUGAGAUCCUCCUCUCUGGAUUCACAAUAAACUCCUUUCUACGUCGUCGUUCUCAUCUCGUCCAAUCCUUCUCCGUCGUCUUCCUCUAUUGGUUCUACGUUUUUUCAUGAAACACAAACCCUAAUCCUCCAUUAAUUCCUAUCAACUAUAACCCUAAUCCAUCUACAAACACACGAAUAUAUAUAUAUACCAAUACAAGCAUGGCUUCUCCAAUCUCUUCAGGCUCGAGUUCCCUCCAAAAUUGUGAAGAAAAUCAUGAUCAGCUGCAGACAGAGAUGAGGAAACGCAAGAGAAUGCUGUCGAAUCGAGAGUCGGCGAGGCGAUCGCGGAUGAGGAAGCAGAAGCUGCUGGAUGAUCUGACCGCUCAGGCGAAUCAUCUGAGGGCUGAAAACAACCAUAUUCUCACAAACAUAAACCUCAUAACGCAUCUCUACUUGAACAUGGAGUCCGAGAAUUCAGUUCUCAGGGCUCAGAUGUCUGAACUCAAUCACAGGCUUCAUGCCUUGAACGAGAUCAUCACCUGUUUGAGCUCACACCACGAAGCUGCACCUGCUUCUGCUUCUGCUUCUGCUGCUGGAUCAUUUCAAGGAGAUUAUAUUGAUCAGAUGAUAAGUGGUGGUGGGACUGAUGAUUUCUUCAACCCAUGGACUUUGAUCCAUGUUAAUCAGCCAAUCAUGGCUUCUCCUAAUAUUUUCUUGUACUAGAUGAUGAUGAUGAUGAUGAUGAUGAUGAUUGAGCUUCUUGAUUCUUGGGAUUUGAUCAAUCCGUCACAUGUUAAUAAUGUUUGUUAUUGGUGGUGUAUGCGUUAGAUGAUCCGUGGGAUUCUUGUGGUGAAUAUGUGUAUAAGUCGAAUUCUUGGCUUGGUUCAUUCAUUUCAAGCGUUAAUUAAUAAUGUAGUAAUAUAUACAUGUCAAA